AUGAUAGGCAGAGAUCGGCAGAACGCAUUUAGCCGACUGCGUGCUGUGUUGCAGCCCGAGGUCGUCGCACUCUGUGCUGCACCAGGUGACGCGGAAGAUGGACGCGAUGACGCUGCUGGAGCCGUUCGCCUUCACCAAGAUGACGACGACGCGCUGGCAGUCGCACGCGCCGCCCCCGCAGCCACAGCGCCGGACAGCCGCCAAGCAGCACCCGCAGCCCGCUCACCGCCCACGCGCCCGCCUGCACAGGAACAAGUCACCCGCCACAGCCGAUCCAGGAAGUCUCAUUCAAUGGACCGCACUCCAUGCCUGACAAAGCGGUCACAUCCUGGAGCAGCAGUGAGCGUGAAAACACAAGAACCUGUAAGACGGAGCAAUGAGGGACCGCCUUCAUUACCAUCUGCAAUACCUUCACAAGAUAGUGAUUCUCAUGAAACCCCACCAAAAGUGUUCCAGGCUGCCCAGUAUGAACAGCAUCUUGUAGAGACACUUGAAAAGGAUAUCAUUCAUAGAAAUCCUAAUGUGCAGUGGAACCGUGUUGCUGGGCUGAGCGAAGCAAAAGCAAUACUUCAGGAAGCCAUGGUACUCCCAAUGCUGAUGCCUGAUUUCUUCUGUGGAAUAAGAAGACCAUGGAAAGGAAUUCUUAUGGUGGGACCUCCAGGAACAGGAAAGACUAUGUUGGCUAAGGCAGUUGCAACUGAGUGUGGUUCAACAUUCUUCAAUAUUUCUUCAGCAACACUUACCUCAAAAUACCGUGGAGACUCAGAAAAGCUUGUGCGACUAUUAUUUGAAAUGGUUCACUUUUAUACCCCAAGCACUAUUUUUAUAAAUGAAACAGAUUCACUGUGUUCACAACGUCGUACAGAUUCAGAACAUGAAGCUUCCCGAAGAUUUAAGGCAGAACUGUUGAUUCAAAUGGAUGGUCUUAAUUCUAACAGUUCAGAUAACAAGGUGAUAAUGGUACUAGCAGCAACCAACCAUCCAUGGAACAUUGAUGAGGCAUUUCGCCGAAGAUUUGAGAAAAGGAUAUAUAUUCCUCUUCCAAACGAUGAAACAAGAUCUGCCUUGGUGAAACUAUGCCUAGAAGGAGUAAAUGUUGAUCCUCCUCUAGAUACUAACAAAGUUGCUGACAGCCUUAAGGGCUACACAGGAUCAGACAUAAGUAAUGUAUGUAGGGAUGCUGCCCUUAUGGCAAUGAGGCAUAAAAUAUGUGGCAGGAGUCCAGAAGAAAUUAAGAAAAUCAAGAAAGAAGAUGUUGAUCUACCAGUAACUAUGCAGGAUUUUGAUGAAGCAUUAACAAGAUGUAAAAAAAGUGUAUCAGCAGGAGACAUUGCAAAAUAUGAAGUUUGGAUGGAAGAAUUUGGAUCUUGCUAGAGACCUUGAAGUGAUGAUUAUUUUUUAUGAAGUGUAAAAUGA